AUGCCUAGAUUAAAUAAAAGAUCUGUUGUACAAAGUCGACUUGAAAAUAGAAGACGUAUGCAGAUUCUUCGGGCUAGCUCAUUGGUUAGGUCUGCUGAGCAAAGUAUAAAUACUGUUCAGCAUAGGUCUCGGCGGGAAAAUCCCGAAAUAAGGUUAGCUGAACAAAUCAUAGAUACCAAUCAGCAUAGAACCCGGCGACAAAAUCCUCAAUUUCGCUCUGAAGAGCAAAGUAGGAAUACCCGAGAACAUAGGUCCCGGCGGGAGAACCCAGAUCUUCGGUCUGCUGAGCAAAGUAUAAAUACUGUUCAGCAUAGGUCUCGGCGGGAAAAUCCCGAAAUAAGGUUAGCUGAACAAAUCAUAGAUACCAAUCAGCAUAGAACCCGGCGACAAAAUCCUCAAUUUCGCUCUGAAGAGCAAAGUAGGAAUACCCGAGAACAUAGGUCCCGGCGGGAGAACCCAGAUCUUCGGUCUGCUGAGCAAAGUAUAAAUACUGUUCAGCAUAGGUCUCGGCGGGAAAAUCCCGAAAUAAGGUUAGGUGAACAAAUCAUAGAUACCAAUCAGCAUAGAACCCGGCGACAAAAACCUCAAUUUCGCUCUGAAGAGCAAAGUAGGAAUACCCGAGAACAUAGGUCCCGGCGGGAGAACCCAGAUCUUCGGUCUGCUGAGCAAAGUAGGAAUACCCGAGAACAUAGGUCCCGGCGGGAGAACCCAGAUCUUCGGUCUGCUGAGCAAAGUAUAAAUACUGUUCAGCAUAGGUCUCGGCGGGAAAAUCCCGAAAUAAGGUUAGCUGAACAAAUCAUAGAUACCAAUCAGCAUAGAACCCGGCGACAAAAUCCUCAAUUUCGCUCUGAAGAGCAAAGUAGGAAUACCCGAGAACAUAGGUCCCGGCGGGAGAACCCAGAUCUUCGGUCUGCUGAGCAAAGUAUAAAUACUGUUCAGCAUAGGUCUCGGCGGGAAAACCCAGAGCUUAGGUCUGCUGAGCAAAGUAGAAAUUCAAGGCAACAUAGAAUUCGACGCCAAAACCCUAUUAUUCGGUCAAAUGAGCAGUCUCAUAAUACCGUAGUACACCGAGAACUUAGAAGAAAUCCUAACUAUAGAAAUUUAGAGCGAAUACGUGAUCAAAUACAGAGAGAACGUUCAAGAAGAAAUCCUGAAACAAGGAGAGAGGAACGUUCUAGAGAAACGCAACGACGACAGCUUAUCAGGAGGGGUGCAAGGAAACAAAUUUUAAAUCAGAGACGUCAACAACAAAAUCAGGUCCGUAUUCAUAGAGAAAAUUUGGCAAAUAGGCAAAUUCAAAACGAAAGGCAGUCCCAACGAAAUAUAUUAAACAGAGAAAAUAAUGUCUCUGAUAUUUUUGCAAAUGGUGCCAUUUCAAGAGAUUUUCGAAGCUUAUAUUUUGAAAAUAUAAAGAAAGGUCCCACCGAAAUAUGUAUUUGCUGUGGGGGAUUAUGA